AUGGAUUCUUCUGGUGAAAUUAUCGAAGUCUGGGACAAGGAACAGCUCAUGGCAAAGGUUGCCGAAGAUGCGGAAGCUGCUGCUGGAAAGAGCAAGAAGACAAAGGAUUUGGAUCAGCUAAUGCUGUGGGGACAACCUGGUCAUUUGAGUGAGGAAGAAGCCGACACUUAUAUGAAAUUCAAGGCGGAAGUCGAAAAACGUGACAAGGACUUCAAGGAUACAAUCUACUCGUUCGGUACUGUCGAAGGUGAAGUUUACGCUUACUGCAGAUGGCUUCGUGCUCGCAAGUACAAUUUGGCGGAUACCAUCGCGAUGGUGGAAGGAGCUACCGAAUGCCGUGCCGAAGCCAAGCGUGCCGACUUUUGGCCCGAUCCAUCCAAAGCCAUUGGGUGCGAAGUCAGUCAUUACAUUUCUCAAUAUCCACAAUGCUACACUGGAUACGGCAUGAACGGGGCUCCCGUAUUCAUCUCCAAACCAGGUGUCCUCAACACGGACGCGGUCGAGUGCGUCACCACCAUAGAAAAUGUCGUCAAGUUCCAUUGGUUUGCACAAAUGCACGACUUUGGCAACCGACUCCGUUCGUACAAGGAAAAGAAUCCCGAAUUCAAGCGAUUUGAAUGCAUUUGCAUUUUGGAUCUCGAAGGCCUGACCAUGUCGCAAUUGUCCCAACGAACCUUGGCCAUUGUCAAGGAUCAAUCGGCGAUUGAUUCUCUCUGUUUCCCGGAGACCAUGAACAAGAUGUACAUUGUCAAUGGACCAAGAUUCUUUAGUGCUACCUGGAAGAUGAUCAAGGGUUGGAUAGACCCUCGUACCGCAUCCAAGGUCGAAGUCGUGUCCAGUCGUGACAAGUGGGAAGAAAAGUUGCGCCAAAUCAUUGAUGUCGAACAACUUCCUUCCGAUUAUGGUGGCAAGGCUACCGACUCCAAAACGGAAAUUGAAAAGGCGAACUAUAUUGGUGACUUGAAAAAGGUCCAUACCGAAGUCAUUUACGUGCGUGGCUCGGGAGCUUCAAGUUUUGAAAUUGCUGCGGGGGAACAAGUGGAUAUUACCAUUUACACUCGAUCCAAGCUUGGAGCCAACUUUUGCGUUGUGGAUGGCAAGACCAAGAAGGAAAUUCUUCCAAAUGUUGAGGUCAAACAUACCGGAGGAGAGUCUCUUUCGGAUUUGCCCACAUGCAAGAAGUUUACGGAAGAAAGACUUGUCGGACCCAUGAGUAUCAAGGUCAAGGCCGAUUCCAAUGCUGGACGAUUCACAACGCAUAACUUUUUGGCCGUCUUUUCCGUGUACAGAAACUAA